GUUUUUGUAUAGCAUAAAUAUAUUUUCUUUUCAAUUAAAAUUCUAGUAAUGCUCGAAACAACUAUGGUAAAAGUUGUUUUGCACGUCCAAACUUUUUGGCAAUUAACACGUUAUCAAUAGAUCUUGUUUUAUUUGAGUAAGUUGUACUAAAAUUAAACCAAAAAUGUUAAAAGAAAAACCUUGUCACCAAUAAUAGAGUCAAUUACAUAAUUUCAUCUAUAAGGUGAUAACAAACCACAAUUAAAUUAAUCUAAAUAUUUUCUCAGUUCCCCGAAAAUUUUCCCCGCAGUUUUCCCUUCCCCGCGUUUCCCCGGGAGUUUUCCUCUCCCGCCGGAGCAACCCAGCCGUCCCGAAUGGUCAGUCAUUUAGGCGCCGUCACCGGGACCGGUCGCCGUUGCAAGCGCCUCCGAUCGCUCGUCGUGACUAACCAAAGAAAAUAAAUAAAAAAUAGUGUAAAGUUAUGUGUGCUGUGCUACAGUGACAGUGCGUCUUAGUGAUUUAUUGUCUUCUUUCGAAAAACGUACCGGCGGUACCAGUCGUAAUCAAGAUAAUCAGCGUUCGAUUACAAUGAACCGGCGCUAAUGACUGACCAUUACCCAGUCACGCGAGAGCCGCCGCCAUGAGCAGCAUGUGAGGCUCGCGCCAUGCCCCGCGCCGACCUGACCAUGCUCGCCAACGCGCACCGCUAUUGGGACCGACGGAAGCACAAGACCGCACGAUGACACCGCCGCCCGACGGCGUCAAAUAAACAACAAGAUUUUUUCGUUAAAAAACAAGCUUUAGUGGUAAAUCGCUUUUUUGUGUGUCCGCAACAAACCGUAAUCUUCAUUUGCAAGUUAAUUUCAUUUAUAAAUUAAGUGUCUCUUCAAUAGUUUCAAGCAAUACUAGAUAAGGCCUUCGUGUAUGUGUUCGUUACUGGUUCUCCAACGUUCGGGUGAAACGGGUAAAUAGUAAAUGUAAAAUAGUCAAACACUUCCGUUCCUAUAGGCAAUACGUUAUUUUAAAAAGGUAUCAAUUAUACAGUUAUUUACGGGGCCAAACAUUCAAUCCGUUUAACAAUAAAGUUAGUUAGAUGAAUUUUACAAAUUCUGAUUGGCGGGUCACGAUGGUGCCGAACGCGACCCUGCUGGCGAGGACUACGGCGGCGACACACUUCAACACGACGCUGGGGCCGAACUCAACCUUCCUGGUGCCGACGUACAUGAGCCAGGAGGAGUUCUUCGCGCUGCAGAUGACGAACGCGUCAGACGCGAACACAACGCUCUCGAACGACACGACGGUUAACUUAGUUUUAAAGACGUGGUACCCGAGCGGUUACUCGCCCGCGCACAUAAUUAUAGCAUCGGUGGUUGUGACAGUGUUAAUGAUAAUGGUUGUAGUGGGGAACAUGUUGGUGAUCAUCGCGAUCGUGACGGAGAAGGCGCUGAAGAACAUUCAGAACUGGUUCAUAGCGUCCCUCGCGGUGUCGGACUUCUUCCUGGGGCUAGUGAUAAUGCCGUUCUCUUUGGCCAAUGAGCUGAUGGGCUACUGGAUAUUUGGGUUUUGGUGGUGCGAGAUACAUUCGGCGAUGGAUGUGCUGUUGUGUACGGCGUCCAUCAUGAAUCUGUGUUUGAUCUCCUUGGACCGGUACUGGAGUAUAACUCAGGCGGUCGACUACCUCAAGAAGAGGACGCCAGCGCGCGCCGCGCUCAUGAUAGCAGCGGUGUGGCUGAUGUCGGCGCUGGUCUGCAUCCCGCCACUGCUGGGCUGGAGGGUCACCAGGCCGAUGGAGCAGUUCCCGCAGUGCAAGGUGUCAGACGACAUCGGCUACGUGAUAUACUCGGCGCUGGGCAGCUUCUACAUACCGUCCUGCAUCAUGGUGUUCGUCUACAUCCGGAUAUACUUCGCGGCCAAGGCGAGAGCGAGAAGGGGGAUACGGAAGAAUCCGAGGCCUAGACCUAAUGAGCAGCAGACCAGCUUCAGUAAUCCGCCGAAGGGCACGCGACCGAUGCCCUCCACGCACCCCAUGCCUCAAGGGCACCUAACUAAUAAUAAUGGCGAGAGCCAAAUAUCAACAAUAGAAACACCUCAAGUGCAAAUACCGACGGUGACGUGUGAACUCGCGUCGGACAUCUCGACUAGCGAAGCCGGUGACACCGUGCCGCCGCCGCCGGACGAGAGGAAAGAUACGCUCAAGGUAAUAACAACAGCAGCACAAGUAACAAAAAACCCUCUCGCGUCUUGUCCGCUAAGAAGUUCGACGCUCUCUGUGAACGGGGAGCUGCAGCUUCAGCAGACGAGAGGCCGAGCCCCCAGCGUCGCCAUCGACGCCGACAUGGUCUCCGAGAUGGAGCCCUCGUCAUCAGACUCCGGCGUCGUCAGCCGCUGCGGGGGAGUCAAACCCCUAAAACUAAGAAUCUUCAAGAAAACUGACAGAAGACAAGAGAAGUCACAACCGAGUAAAUCGGAGCUAGAACCAGCGCUACCCAAACCCCAUAAGCCAAGAGACCCAGAAAGAGAAAAGAAGAGAUUAGCGAGGAAGAAGGAGAAGAGAGCUACUCUCAUUCUAGGGUUAAUUAUGGGCAGUUUCAUCGCUUGCUGGCUUCCGUUCUUCUUUCUGUACAUACUGAAGGCUGCUUGCAGGAACUGUGUGAUACCAUCGAGCGCGUUCGCGAUAGCCUUCUGGCUGGGGUACAUGAACUCUGUACUGAACCCGGUCAUCUACACGAUAUUCAAUAAGGAUUUUAGGAGAGCCUUUCGGAGGAUACUGUUCAAGUGAUGUUUAGCCUACGUGUGCUGUUACCGGUGCGUGGCCAACAGGAUACUGACGGCUCAGCAGCGGGCAGCACCGAAUCUUUACAAUGUACGAUGAAUAAAUAUGGACUCACAAUAGAAAUAUGGAAUGGUUUCGUGGUUCUCGGCUUGAACUUUGGCUGAUUUUAUAUAAAGAAAAAAACAGUGAAGUGUGGUUAAAAACUACUCAGUGAUAUUUUAUUUUAUUUAUUAUUCCAAAAAAGUUUUUGCUCAGACGAUUAUUCGGGAUAAUUGGCUGGGUGAUAAUUAUGUGGGGAUAUGGAGUUUUUUCUGUUCCGUGAUCGGCCAAAGAACUAUAAUCAGAAACAGUCAAUAGAAAAAAUGGUGAAAUAGAAGGUUACGCUUAUGUACUAAAUAAAUUAUCUAUUUUAUCAUAAUUAUAAUGUCUUAGGUCAGCUUGCUCAUAUUUUUAAGCUUUUUAUAGAGUCUAUGGUCACUUUAUGGGUAAAAUUAUUGUCAACAAGGCUUAGCCAAGUUGUGUAAUAAACGCUAAAUAUGAAUAAUUCGUUCAAUAAAUAAAUUGAGUUUACUUUGACGUACACCAAUAAAUAAAACUCAGUAAUUCAAAAUACUGAGCUCCGAAAAUGCAAAUACAACAAAAUGUAAUGUAAUGCAAAUAAUUGCAAUUUAUAUCAAAUUAUUCGAAAUAUAUUUGAAUAAGUAAAACUAGGCCGCCUUAUUUGCCUAAUUAGGUAAUUACAGGAAUAACACCAAUAAUUUAAAGCAAUAUUAAUGAUCCAAUAUUAUUGACAUUUGAAGCAAC